AUGUCCCGCGCGCGACUACCGGAACCCAUCUCGAUAGUCAAUGCAUCAGACGUAUCUGCCCGUCCCAGAUGGCAUGUCCUACUCGACGGCUCCAGAGCUCAACACUGGACAGCCUUCAAUAAGAGCACGUACACGUCUCUCAAGGACCUGGUGGACAAGACGGCUAAGGUGGAGACUCUGUCACCUUUCGGCAUGGCCACCUUAGAGUGCGGCUUCUCACUCGCCAACGGAACGGCCCGUGACUUGCCAUCCGAGUAUGUCGAGUGGAAUCAGCUCACUGAGGGCCACGAUGGGCCGUGUGAGGUCUGGUGCGACGACGUGUUGGCCUUUGGGGACGACAACUGCGCCGUUAACUACCCAGAGACUCCCUCUAAAUGGCCCUUCGACGUUUACAAGUGUUCGGGCGCCUCCCGACUCACAGCCUACUGGAUCGCUCUCCACGGUCUGCCGUGGCAGGUCUUCAUUAACUGUGUCCCACUAACGGGGUCGGUAAACAGCACCACGGUCGACACUACUACUACAACGUUGGCCCCAGUCAGUACCACGGCUCCUACCGACUCGUCCUAUGCAGACGAAGCAGAGGGCUCCGAAUGUGGCUCUCUGGACAUCGCCGGGUCGGGUGAAUCGGACUGUGGCUCUCUUGAUGUCGCUGGAUCGGACGAGUCUAGUUGUGGCUCGCUCGAUGUUGCUGGGGAUGACACAGACACUUCUACUACAGAGCCUAAUGAAGUGGCCGGAGAUGCAGACACGGUCGACUCAGAGUGCGGGUCGCUCGACAUUGCCGAAGACUCCGAGUGUGGGUCGCUUGAUAUCGCUGAGGAGUCGGACUGCGGCUCUCUUGACAUCGCCGAGGGUGCUGAAUCUGACGAACAGUACACAGGCUCAACCACCGGCAUCGAUUUCAGUACUCUUCAAGGAGCCAGUACAGCCGGCACGGUGACUCCCCAAAAGUAG